CUAAGAAAGGCUCAGUGAUAUAUACAGUAAGUAUAUCAUCAAUGUGAAUUCAACUGCUUAUUUUCACCCAUAAAAGACCCGAAACCCAAAGCAAACAGUAAGCAUUAAACAGUAUUUCAAGUCAAAUCAAGUAUCCCAAGACCAACAUAGUCUGUUUUGGUGUGAUUUCUAUUUCACAGAAUCGAAAGUUAAUGCCUUGCAGAUAUCCUAUACUUUGGGAGGCCUACGUGAUCACUUGAUAAGUGGUAGACUUUAGACCUUCUUAGAUAACGUGAGGGCCAAUAUAUACUGGAGGUUCGUUGAAAGCUUUAAACACUUGAAAGAAGCUGUUUGGAGAGCACAACACAUACUCUUUCAACACACUAUACCACUGAAAUCCAUAAUGGACUCAUUCAAGACUCCUCUGAGGAGAAAGCUAGACAGCCUUGAGUGCCACUUCACCUGGAACCUCAGUGGCAGCAAGGGGCAACGUGUUGAAGGUCUGAGGGAGUAUUUGAAGGAAGUUCUUAAAGGUGGUGGCUGUCCUUGGGAGGGUCACCUGUACAACCUGCUGGGUUACAUCGUCUACCACAUCACAGACUCCGCAGAGGAGGCACUGGCACACCUGCGACAGGCUGAGGUGGCUCUCAAAGAGCGAGAACCGGAGGGCAGAGGACCUCGUCUGCUGGUCAACCAGGCUAACCUGGCCUGGGUGCACUACCAUUUGGGCGAGCUGCCGAAGUGCCACGCUUGUCUGGAGGAAGUGACCCGGCUCCAGAAGGAUUUCCCUGCACCUCCCGGGUGUGAACUGCAUCCAGAGGUUUAUGGGGAGAAAGGCUGGUCUCAGAUUAAAUUUGAACAGGAUUUGAAGAAGCAAGCUGUAGCUAACUUUGAAAUGGCUCUGAGAGGAGACCCAGAUAGAAAAGAGUGGCACGCAGGCCUCGCAUUCGCCAAGUAUAAAGUUUAUUUUGAUUCAGGGAAUGAUGAGUUGAAAGAAGAAAUCAUAGAGCAAUUGAAACGUGCGAAGACAAUGGAUCCAGAUAAUCUUCGCAUGUCAACUCUCUACUUGGUUGCUUCGGCAGCGGUUGGCCGGAAGACAGAGGAGACUACGAAUGAGGCAGAACAUCUACUCCAACAGAUAAAACCAGGUUGUGAUGGCUUGGGAGACCUUUUCCAUUUCUUCCGCAAGUAUGAAUCACCGGAUAAAGCUUUACAAUUAGCAGAAGAGGUAGUGAGAAAACACCCAUCUGAAAGAGAAGCCAAAAAGCAGCUGGCACUUUGUUAUAGAAGCAAAAUUUUUGAUUCACAGGGAAAUAUAGAUCAGGAGUUGAUGACGAAAGCCAUCAACAUUUAUGAAGAGGUCAUCAGCCUUUACCCAUACAGGGAGAACUUUCUUAUGCAUAUUGCAGGAUUAUACACCCAAUCUUGGAACAUCGAGAAAGUAGAUCAAAUAUAUAAGGAUCUUCUCAGUAAGAGGGAAGCCCUUGAACCUAAGUCUCUACAGCUGUUAUACUCUAAAUAUGCGAAGCACCUUUAUUUUGUAAAAAAAUUGCCUGCGGAAUCCAGUGAUUACCACGAAAAGGUUGUAGAAAUCCAAGUAGAUUCUAGGGAGAGGCAGGACAGCAUUAGAAUUCUCAGGUCAAUUUCUAGUCGUCACAGAUCAAGAUGGUGAAAUCGGAGACUUUCUAUCACAGCUUGGCCUGAACUGAUUUUAUGCUGUGUCUUGUGAUAUAGACAGCUGUAGUGAUGUAAUAUUCAGAUACAUGAAAGUGAUGGUUGCUUGAUCUAACCAUAACAGCCUCCCAAGAUCUGAAGAAUUCCAAGUCUUUCUCUCCAACCAUCUGAACUGAUCAUGUACAGUUUGUCUACUUAUACAGAUAGCAAUAUUCAAAUACAUUUAACGUUUAGUGAAUGUAUAAUCAAGAAAUUGUGCAACUUACAUACUUUUGUACACAGUCAGAUAACGGAUGAUAUGCACACAAAAAAAGAUAACACAAAGAUAAUUAAAUUAAUUAAAAAAUUGGGGUAUAAACUUUGACAGAGCAUCCUGUAAUGAAUACUGUACAAUGUAUUUAGUGUUGUAGUCACUGUUUAAAUGUGUCAAAAAAUCUUUCAGUAUCACAGCUCUCUGGUUGGUGCCAGCAGAAAGGCCCAGAGGCCUAAUGUCUUCCCCACCCCACCUCUACUCAUAGUGGAGAGUUCCUUCGGCACGUCUUUGGAACACAAAAACACAAAGAGGAUAAAGUGCAUGACAAGCUGGGAAAAUCACCAGGAAAGCUUUACUGUCAGCCAUGGAAUGUUGUGUUUUGCAUAGAAAAUAUUUCAGACUGCCUUAAUAUGAUGUAUGGACAGAAUGAUGCGUUAUUGAUGACAUGCAAAUGAAGUCAAAACAAAAUAAAAUGAUAUUGGAAAAAUAUA